UGACAUCUCUGUCAAAUAGAUGCAUAGAUAACGUCAUUCUUUGUUGUUAUUUAUAUUUUUCAUCAUUACCCUUUCAAGUUAUUUUGUUUUAUUUGUAAUUAUAAGAAAUAUAUAUCUUGCAUAAAUUAUAAUAUUUUUAACUGUCAAUAAAAUUUAGUAUACAUGAGCUUAGAUUUAGAGGAAGCUAACGAAACGCAGCAGCUUAUGCAGAAUGAAGGGGAAGAAGAAGACCAAAAAGUUUCGCAACCUGCUACAUCCCCUGUUACUAGCAAUAAAUUGUCGAGUGGUACGGCAAGUCAUACAUCGAAAAAUCCUCAAACAUUCACGAGUACCAACAAUAGUAUAAAUGAUUCUGCUAAAGUAUCUUAUGUUAAUGAGAGAAGAUUGCAUCGUGAUUUUUUGCGGACUAACAAUACUAGACCCAAGCACAUGCCCAAGGAGACCCCAGAUGUGAAGCAUAUGGAAAAAGCAUUGCUGGAAUUGUUAGAUGAUUUUCAUACAGGCAAGCUCAGUGCCUUUGGUACUGGAUGCAGUAUGGAACAAAUGAUUAACAUAAGAGACCAGCAAGAGCAUUUAGCAAGGUUACAUUUUCGUUUAUAUGGAGAUGCUGAGAAACCAACUGAUGACUGCUUUGAAAAUACUGCAUCCAAAGAUAAAAUGACUCAAUUAGUCCAAAGUUUAGAGCAAUUAUCAACUUCAAUAGAAAUGCUACAAUCUGAUAGUGUUCCAACGGCAAACAGUAGCAAUAAAGAAUAAUCAUUAUAACUUGCCUAUAAUUAUUAUGCCUUAUUUUAGUAAAAUUUAAGUCAGUAAUAUUAUAAUUAUCAAACUCAAAAUAAUAUACCUUGGAUAAGUUUUUACUACAAAUAUAUAGUUUUAAUUAAAAACACAGUAACUUCAUAAACUCCCUUUUCAUAAGAAAAAAAACAUUAAAGUUGAAUUGUUUAGUUCUGGGAAAUUGUAUGUUAUGUUAAAACUAUUUAAAUGAUAUUUAUAGAUUAAGAUUAGUUACAGAUUGAAUUAUGUAUAUUAUUAUUUUUUAAUAAAAAUAUAUAUGUAACAUGUUAUUGUAUAAGAUUUUUUUUGGAUUGAAUCCAGUCACUAUCAGGUUACUGAGAUCUACUGAUUACCAUGUAACUGUUACUUAUUACCAUGUAAAUAUAUUAAAACUUGAGAUCUCAACAGUAGAAUUACACACUCUUGGUUGGAACUUAAUGAUAGUAGGUUGAUUACUCAUCAAAACCUAGGAAUGAAAGAAAGGAAAGAGACU